GUGUUCCCAGGCGUGCGGAUAUUUCCGCGCCGCGCGGACAUUCCCUAUACCCGCGCGGACAGCGUACGGACAAAAACCUUAUGGGAAAAUUUUUCCCUAUCUUAUUUUGUCCGUACGCUCGCCCGGCCCUGUCCGUGCGUCUGUUUAUCCGCUUUUCUUUGCAAUAUUUAUUACUUUUGCGUAAGUUAUUGAUACAAUGAUGUUUAGUAUGAAAGCCGGGUAUCGUUUGGGAACAAAUUACAUACUUUUCGCAUUAAUUAUAUUGUAUUCUUAUCAAAAUUCAGUCAUUUCAUUUAUGUCCGUGCGCCCGCCCGGCCCAGUCCGUGCAUCUGUUAAUCCGCUUUUCUUUGCAAUAUUUAUUACUUUUGCAGGACAUAGGUACUUGAAUGUCACAAGAGAUCAAGAGAACAUCAACAUCAUCAACAAAACAACAAAACAGCCGGAGCCGGAACCGGAAACGGAAACGGAAUUCACGGAACACGGACGGAGCACGGAGCGGCACGGAUAUACACGAGCCUCCCCGAGUUCAUCCGGAGAGCGUACGGACAUUUUAAGAUAGGAGCACCUGGGAACAC